CAGAAUGUUGUGUGCCAGAGAGGUUUCUUAGGCAUUAACGAAUUAUGACAAUGAAUGGCAAUGUCUUGCUGGAGAUACUCGUGCUAUUUAUCUUGAUUUCCUUCAGGGAACAUUGCAGAGUAAAUUCUUGUGGAGGUGAGUGAAUUUUUCUAAUCAUUUGUUUGUUACGCUGAUGAUGUUUUUACUUUUGUGUCACGUUUGAGAAUAGGCGAAAAUUUUUGAUGAGUGCCGUACAAAUCGUAGUUCUUUUGGUGAUGUGGGUUGCGUUCAGAAUUUAGAGUGUUCGAUCGAACGGUUGUCUAAGUUUAAAACAAAUGAGAACUGACUUUAGGAAGUUAACGAAGCAAGAUCUCGAAAUUAAAUGAAAAAGAUCCACAGUGACGUUUAACUUGCUGAAGCAUGCGUACCAGGAAGAAUUAUUCGACCUCACUUACUAGACCCAAACCUAUAAGCUCGAGUUUUAUGUCUUACGACCUAGACCCUGAUCGACGAAUAUGUUGGCCAUUUCAUUAAUUUUCUGCGCAGUCAUGGACGUAUGAGCGAAGAUCUUGGGACAAACGACAUUGAAGCCCUAUGGCUUGAAGUUUACCCGCAUAAAUCAAAGCCACCUUUAUUGAUCUCUGGGGUCUACCGUCCUACAUCGGCGAAGCGGGAAUACAACAUCAACUUGGGGAAAAACAUCGAAAACGCCUAUUUAGCAAACAUGGAACUGAUUGUGAAGGAAGAGUUGAACUAUGACUUUCUAAAUUCAACGUGUUUCUACAAACAAAAUCGAGUUAAAUAUUUGAACCUAAACCAGAUGGUAAACAUCGUUGCCAUCCCUGCUUCUACCGCGUGCUUGGAUCAUAUUCAGGUAAGUCAUCCCGAGAGAAUGUGUAUUGUCUCUGUAAUUAAUGUCGGUUUGUCUGAUUACUUGCCAGUUUUUGCAUCGAGGCGUUAUAAUCAGUGGCAGGAGCAAGGCCCUUGCAGAGAAAAGAAACAUCUUUCGUUUGAAUAUAGGAACCUCAAGAAAAUUGACAAAGAUAAUUUUAUCAAAGAUCUUAAUGAGGCCCCGUGGGACGCAGCCUUUGUCUUUGAAGAAACCGACGAGAUUAUUGACACCUGGUAUGACAUUUUUAAUGGCACCAGGCAUAACAAAACGAAUCAUGAACCGAAAUGUCAGCCCAAAUGGUUUACUGGCGAUCUUAAUGAUGAGAUCAAGAAGAGAGAUCGUCUCCUUGGAAAGGCUCGAAAUUCUAGUAAUUCUGGGGACUGGAUGCUUUUUAGAGAAUCAAAAAAUAGAGUUACCCGGCUCAUAAGAAAUGCAAAGAAACCCUUUUUCAAGUCUCAGGUGGUGGAAAAUCGAAAGAAAUUCUGGUCACUGAUUAGAGAUCUCUCAAGGGAUUCGCAAGAAAGGGAUUAUUAUGUUCGAGAGCUUGAUGAAGAUGGGGAAAUUGUCACUGAAGACAAUCGUAGUGCCGAACUGUUUAACUCCUUAUUUGUUAAUCAGGCCACAAAAAUAUUGGGUUCCGCUGAUUCAUGCUUACUAACUGAAAUCUCGUCUUCCUUUUUUUAAAGAAACUAAGCACUUAAAAUAUACAUUUGAACUUCCAUUCAUCUCCCCUGCGAAGGUUUUGAGAAUGCUGCAGGCAAUGCCCUCUAACAAAGCGACAGGAGCGGAUAGUCUUGGCAUUCGAAAGUUAAAAAUCGCUGCGCCAGGUAUUGCCAGCUCGGUUGCGAGCCUUAUCAACUAUUGUAUCUCCACCGCAGUUUUCCAUCCAAGGGGAAAAUGGCGAAAGUCACACCCUUUUUAGAAAUCAAGGCCCAAAGACUCAUAAACAGAACUAUCGUCCAAUCUCAGUCCUUCCCAUUUUGUCCAAGAUCUACGAGAGGCAUAUAUAUGAAUCAUUGUACUUGUACAAUAGAAACGACCUAGAAAUCUAGAAACGACCUUUUGUAUGGACCACAGUCAGGGGGUUCCGAAAUCGUCAUUCAACUGAAACUGCUCUUAUUCGACUCUUGGAUCAAAUUGUCUUUGAUAUUGACUGUAAUAAUGUAACUGGCCUUGUAUGUAUUGACUAUAGUAAGGCUUUUGACUUGAUCAAUCAUGAUAUUCUCCUUGUUAAACUGAAGGCGUACGGUGUUGAUGACGGAAACUUACAAUUGUUUCGGAGCUAUUUGGCUGAUCGACAACAGUAUGGUAACAUAAAUGGGUGCACGUCAUCUCCACUAGGUAUCACCCAUGGUGUUCCACAAGGAAGUAUUUUAGGCCCCCUGCUGUACCUGACUUUCAUCAAUGACCUCCCACUAGUGAUCUCAAACUCUACUGUGGAUAAUUAUGCCGAUGGUACUACCUUUUCCUCUAGUGCUCAUUGUACUUUGGGGACGAUGGCAGUUGAAACAAAUCUUCAAGAGGACAUUGACAGUCUUUGCGCGUGGUCUGCACAGAACCGCAUGGUCUUAAAUGCCAGGAAAAUCAAAUCUAUUCUGGUAACUGGCAAGCGUCUCAAGUCACGAGUACGCGGCUCUAGUUUGAAGUUGCAAGCAAAUGGAACAGCUAUCGAGCAAGUUGUACAUCAGAAACUGCUUGGGGUUACAAUUGAUCAAGAACUAACUUUUAAGGAGCAUGAAGAAAAGCUUUGUAAGAGGCUUUGUCAAAAAAUUGGUCUUCUGAAAAAGAUGCGUACUUAUUAACCAAUUGACGAAAGACGACUUUUUUAUAAUGCCCUUAUUAAGCCGGUCAUGAUGUAUGGUAGUUUAGUUUGGACUUAUUGUUCUAAUGAGGAUCUCAAGAGAGUGUUUCGGUUGCACAAUUAAUAAAUUAAUAGUGAUUAAUAAAUUGGAUCCCAUUCUACGAUGAAGUUAAGAUAAGAAAGUGUAAGAUAAGAGAGUGUUUCGGUUGCACAAUUAAUAAAUUAAUAGUGCUUAAUAAAUUGGAUCCCUUUCUACGAUGACGUUAAGAUAAGAAAGUGCGUACUUGUUUAUAAGGCGCUGCAUGGGGAAUCCCCUAUGUAUAUCGAGAGUUCUUUAACUACGAAUUACUCACUACACGGUAGAAAGACCAGACAUGCCCAAUAUAAUUUAAUCUGUCCUAAGUUUCGUAAUAUUACUGAAGCUGGAAGGUCUUUUUGAGUUAGUAGCGUCAAGUUAUGGAACAGUUUGCCAAAUGAGCUUAAGAAAAAACGAAGCACUUCCUCUUUCAGAAAUGAUUUGAGAAAUUAUUUUAUUGAUUCUCAUCAUAGACACAUUGAUUCUUUUGAGGCUAUAUUGUAGUAUAUGUUUUAUUCUAUAUAUUUUAUUUAUAUUUGUUUUUAAUAGUUACUUCGUUGGGCUAGUUCCAAUUUUAAUUCUAGACUUGCAUGUAUUACUUACUAAUCCUUAGUUUUGAGGGCCACUGGUUUGUCAGCGUAAGUUGUUAUGUGUACACCCUCUUUAAAUAAAGCUCACUUACUUACUUGCUAGAUAUUUGAAAAGAUUUAAUGCCAAUUUAACGUUAUCCUCUGAUCAAAAGUUAUCCCGCUUUGGCACUUG